AUGUCUCUCUACAACCGCAGGCCAUCCGCCAUACCUGACCUCGAAGCCGCCAUGCCCGACCCCAAAGCAGCCGGAGAAGUCAUCUACGACGGCGUCUUCGUCGACGUCGGCUCCCGCGGCUACGACAUCCAGUCCCGGAUCCUGGGCAUCCCCGACCACCUGGGCCUGUUCCAGCGCGGUGCUCCUGGGCGGAACGGCUUCCUGGGCAUGCUCAUCGUGUCCUUCUUCGGCGCCUUCAUCUGGAGCCUCGUCGGCUUCAUGUUCUACGUUGUGUGGCUCCUGCUGGUUGCGCAGCCGAUGGGGCCCGCGGCCGCCGCCAUGGUGUACGGGUUCAUGCUUGGGUUCUUGUUUCUGGCGGCGCUCACCAUGACGGGCCUGGACAAUGUGGAUCGACGAUGGAGAAGACGCCAGUUGUUGCUGAAGAUGGAGAAGGAGGUGAGGGAGCGGAAUGGGAGGGGGGUGGUGUGA